CAUGCCUGAAUCAACUCGAACAACACUCAAGGUGCGCGGUGUAUGUGCAGCGGCCAAUGUCGAAGAGCUAUAGUGCAACGGCUUGAUGAGACCGCACGGCGCUUCCCUUUUUAUGUCGAGUAUCGACGCGCUUUGCACGUUGUGAUACUAACGACGUGCAUCUCAUCACGCUAUGGUUGCUCGGGCCUCGUCCUCCGCACAAGCUAGGGCAUCUGUCGAUCUCACUUGAUCCACCCCAGACUCGGGCCUAUGAGGCCGAUGGCGCCACUUUUCGCCAUGUUAGGGUUCAACGUAACCGGCCAAGUGCAGGGCGUCUUCUUCAGGCGGACCACCAUCACGACCGCCCAGAGCCUAUCGCUGCACGGCUGGGUGAUGAAUGUCGCAGACGGAUCAGUUAUCGGCCAAGCGCAAGGGCUGAAGGAGAAUCUGGACCAGUUAGUGGAAUACCUGCAUCGAGGUCCUCCCACCGCACACGUCGAGCAUGUAGAGAUCCAGGAGAAGGCAGACAAUCCCGCACUAUAUGAGCGGGAGUUUGGCCCGCGAAAGUGAGCUUGGGCUGAGACCAAGCACCUCAUAUCGCUCCAUGCACCUGUUGGUAAUCCAUGGAUUCGAGCUUUGAGCACUCAAUGUAAUAGGAUGAAAUCUGGA